AGGUACCAGGUCAAAGCUAGAAGGCAUGAACGGUAGCACUAUAAAAUAAUCUCAUAAGCAGAGGGGAGCUACUUCCUUCUCAGAUGUAUUAACUGGAUAAGAUAACUGUGUUCAGAACAUGUAUCCGGACGUGUAGCUCUAUGUAGGAUUAGGUUGUUGUAGGUCUUCGGCCGCAUUUGCUUUAGCCGAGGCUCAAGUAAGUCGCUUAAUAUAAAUUGCCCUGCUUGCAGCAUUCAAACAGCUUUAAAGGAUGUAGUUGCAACAGUAGCUGUUGCACAUCAGCCGGUUUAAAAUUUCGGUACGUUUCACAAAUGGGUGGUAAUUUGAAUGCAGGCCAAGUGAUAAAUUACAGCGAGUAACGUUAGCCGAAGUUCAUCACUCUGCUUUUUGCACAAGUCAUGAAGGAAUUUUUCAGGAGGAUACACGGCAUCUUUCUAAAGAUCGCACUGUUUCCAAGCACAUUUGGCCGUUUAGGCCCGCGUCCAGCUGCCUCCGAGGUGUUAACCUGCCACCUGCUGCAGCGCAAUCUCCCGCCGUGGACUUCAUACUGUGUCCGCUAUAGCUCAGUCCACAAUGACCAGUUUGGACUGUCCAACUUUAACUGGAGGGUUCAGGGAUCCAACUACCAAAUACUGAGAACAGGCUGCUUCCCCUUUAUAAAAUAUCAUUGUACCAAAGCACCUCCACAGAAUCUGGACUUUGAAGACAAGUUUUUCACCUUGUUGAAAGUGAUUAAUCUGGGCAUCCCUUGUUUGGCCUAUGGCAUUGGUUGUUGGAUGGUGGUGGGAGCUGCGGAAACAGUGCAGACAAGUGUUGGACCUGUCACAGUCUAUUUUGCUUACAAAGAAGAUGAAGGCGCACAGUAUUGACACACCCC